AUGAAUCAAGUCGGAGAACGUCAAGAAAUGGAGGACCGCACUGGAUUCACAGUCAUCGAAAGGACACAUCUGACCGUAGAACCGGGACGCAAGUCAGACUGGAUCUCAGAUUGUUCUGUAGCCCGACUGGAGCGAGAAAAACUAUUCCCCAAGAACAGAACGAAGAACCUUGAAACGCCAAGCAGUCCACGGUUCCAAGAAUGA